AAGGAGCCAGGGAAGCCAGAGAUUUCCUCACAGAGGAUGACUCUUAACACCCAGCAGGAAGCAAAGACCACUCUUCGACGUCGAGCCAGCACACCACUACCCCUGUCGUCCAGGGGCCACCAGCCUGGCCGCCUGUGCACAGCACCCCCUGCUCAAUCCCAGCAUCCCCGACUGGGUCAGUCAGCCUCCCUCAACCCUCCCAUUCGGAAACCCUCCCCUGCCCAGGAUGGGUGGUCCUCUGAAUCCAGCGACUCUGAAGGCUCUUGGGAGGCACUGCAGGUGGUGCUUCUUGGAGACCCCGGUGUCGGGAAGACUAGCCUGGCCAGCCUCUUUGCAGAGAAACAAGAACGAGAUCUUCACGAGCCGCUGGGAGGUGUGUAUGAGAGAACGCUGUCGGUGGACGGAGAGGACACCACACUGGUGGUCAUGGACACCUGGGAGGCUGAGAAACUGGAUGAAAGCUGGAGCCAGGAGUCAUGCCUGCAGGCGGGCAGCGCCUAUGUCAUCGUGUACUCCAUCGCAGAUCGCAGCAGCUUUGAGAGUGCCUCGGAGCUCCGAAUCCAGCUGAGGCGCACGCACCAGGCCGCCCAUGUGCCUAUCAUCCUGGUGGGCAACAAGGCCGACCUGGCUCGCUGCCGAGAAGUCUCUGUAGAAGAGGGCCGCGCCUGCGCUGUGGUGUUCGACUGCAAGUUCAUCGAGACCUCAGCCACUCUGCAGCACAACGUGACAGAGCUCUUCGAGGGUGUGGUGCGCCAACUGCGCCUGCGCCGCCAAGACAAUGCGGCCCCGGAGACACCUUCACCUCGACGGCGGGCCAGCUUGGGCCAGCGUGCCCGCCGCUUCUUGGCACGCCUGACAGCACGCAGCGCACGACGCCGGGCACUCAAAGCCCGCUCCAAGUCCUGCCACAACCUGGCUGUGCUCUGAGGCCAGCGUCUCUCUGGGGGUGAUAGGACACUGUGGUGCCACUAAGGACAAAAGGUGCAUCAUUAGAGUUCUCGUGGUUGACCUCUACUGUUGCCAGGAUGGCCAGGACGUUGCCAGGAGCUAGGGCUUUGGGGACCCUUGCUGCCUGGCAAAGUGAUGAAUAGACAGACUAUGGGGCUAUAAACCCUAGCUAGGCACAAGGUUUUCUGCUUUUUGUUUUUCUUUUUUACAGGGUGGGUGUCUUUUUGUUAAAAAAAACAAAACAAAAAAAACAAAAAAACAAAAAAAGCUUUCUUGUCCCUGGGCUGUGACCAACUCUCAGAAUUUAGCACAAUAAGCCAGUUUGGGAUGUCCUGUCGAUGUGUGGAUGUCUCUCAGUGGGUUCUUCCAGGCAUCCACCUCCUCCCCAAACGUCUAACUUGACUGUAGACUGUUUUGGCCUGCUGGCCUAGAUGUCUUGGACAAUCAAUAAAGUCCGUGAAUUAAUUAUA